AUGAUGUCUACGGCACCGAAGGAUACAUCUAUUUUUACGCAGCUUCUUUCGAGAACUUUCUCCAACCGAGCUUCUCAAGUUGUGACACCGCCAUCGACGGAGAAGCAGCAACAGUCUCUGUCGUCAUCCUCAGAUAAUCGUAAUAAUACUUGUUCCAGUCAAGCGCUCUCCCAGAGUCUCGAUUGGGGACGUCGAGAGCCCUAUUUAAGGCUUGCUCAUGUGUUCGAUACCAACAAUUACUGA